AUGAAAUUAAAUAUUUCUACAGUAUGUUUGAUCCUUCUCCUCUCUUCCUCUACCACAAUAGCGGCUCCAACUAGGCGAGUCGGUAGAGGUGAAGACUAUGGUAGUAAAGGCAACAAUGGUUAUAGUCAAGAAAAUAAGAAACGUGGUGAAGAUGACAGCGAAGGUGGAGAUGGAUCAAAUCUCAGUGAAGAAUCAAGUGAUAAGAAGAAACGUCAAGAUGACGAAUCAGGUGGAGAUGGAUCAAAUCUCAGUGAAGCGUCAAUUGAUAAGAAGAAACGUCAAAAUGACGAAUCAGAAUCAGAUGGAGCACCAUCUGUAGUAGAUAAACGUGGUGAAGAUGACAGCGAAGGUGGAGAUGGAUCAAAUUCCAGUGAAGAAUCCAGUGAUGGAUCAAGUGAUAAGAAGAAACGUCAAGAUGAAUCAAGCUCCAGUGAUGUAUCAGGAUCCAGCGAUGGAUCAAAUGAUAAGAAGAAACGUCAAGAUGAAUCAAGCUCCAGUGAU